AUUAGAAGCAUAUGAUUAAAAUUUAGCCGCCUUCCCAGAAACACACAACUGACCUGAAAUGGUUCGAGGAGGAAAGAAGAGUGCCGCCACCGCCACCGCCGCCGCCGAUCCGGAGGCGGGAGAGAGGUCGCGGCUGAAGAAAUUGGCCUUCUCCCGAAGCAUUCUGUCGCCGGAUGUCGUGAAGGUAGCCAGUUCAGCUGCUCGCGCCCCGUCCAAAACUGUGAUCAAGCACCACGGCUGUGAUAUUUUGAGGAAGUCACAGCGGAAGAACAAAUACCUCUUCUCAUUCCCUGGCCUUCUCGGCCCCGUCUCUGGAGGGAAAAUCGGGGAGCUCAAAGACCUUGCCACCAAAAACCCCAUUCUAUACCUAGACUUCCCCCAGGGUCGAAUGAAAUUGUUUGGAACAAUUGUUUAUCCGAAGAACAGGUACUUAACACUGCAAUUUUCCAAGAGCGGGAAGAAUGUUACAUGUGAUGACUACUUUGAGAAUAUGGUAGUAUUUUCAGAUGCUUGGUGGAUCGGGAUGAAAGAAAUGAAUCCUGAAGAGUUACAGCUUGAGUUUCCUAAGGAGCUCAAUCCGGAAAAACAUGAAAAAGUUGAUUUCAAGGGUGGAGUAGGGGUCACAUCGGACUGUAAACAAGGUUCUGUAAAACUUGCAAAGAAAAUCUUGGAACGAGAGCCUGAAAAAGAUUAUUUAGAGGAUGAGUUAACUGACAGUCCAGAUGAUUACAGGGAGUUGACCGAACUGACUCCCACCAGGCAAUCAGCCAGGACUGCUGGGAAAACGUUCAAAUUUGCAGAAUCAUCUGGAAAUGGAGAUGAGACACCUGAAGAAGAGGAUACCAAAGUUGAUAAUGAAACUAAAAGAGUUUAUACAUCUACGAAGACAGAAAAUUGCUCACCUGUAUUUGAGGGUGACAGCAAUGAUGGAAGAAAAGAUCCAGCUUCAUGUCGAUAUAAGCGUACUGGGAAAGCUAAGGAUCCCUCUGAGAAUCAGAGAACACCUCUUGUCCAGACAACAUUAUCUUCACUGUUUAAGAAAGUGGAGGACAAGAAGGAGAAGAAGGAUGCAGAAGGCAAUACUAACACUUCUGAAGCCUCGAAGCCUAUAAAAGGGAGAAAGAAAAUAGGGGGAAGAAAGUCUGAGACGACGGCAACUGCAAGUAAGGACCAGAAAAAGCAACAUAAGGUUGACGAAGACGAUGAGAUCGAAGAGUUCUCCAGCUCACCAGAGGACAUGGGUGAAAGUGAUGAAGAUUGGACUGUUUGAAAUGAUGGCAACAUACAUACUAAAGAAAUCCACAGGUCUCUCUCUCUCGCUAUACAUAUAUCUCUUUAUACACAUGUAUUAACCAGCUCAAUAUUUUCUUGUCUUUUCAUGUUUCCGCUUCACCUUUUUUUAUUCUUUGUACGAAAUUUCUUCAUCUAUAAAUUAAGUUCUUGAGAUGGAGAGAUUAUUAAUUA